GUUUCCGGGGCUCGGCUCCUGCUGCCUUCCAGGCGAGGAAGCGCUGAAGCAAGUGGGUGGCGAGAGGCGGAGCAAGGGAAGCAGGGGGCGUGUUCGUGGCCGGCUUUGGGAAGGCCCCAAGUUAAUGAGGCGUGCGCCGGCAGCCGAGCGCCUCUCGGAGCUGGGCUUUCCCCCGCGGUGCGGGCGCCAGGAGCCGCCUUUUCCGCUGGGUGUCACUUGGGGGUGGGGAGGAUGGCCCAUUCAAAAGCGCCGCGAGGGGGCCCGGCCAGUGCCCUUCAGUGAGCGCUCGCAAGAGGACGGCAAAAGCCAGGCAGCUCGUAGCUCCAGGACCUUGUGGCGUAUCAGGACGCGGCUGCCCUUUUGCCGGGACUCAGAACCGCCACCACCGCUCUGCCUCCUGCGUGUUAGCCUCCUCUGCGCGCUCCGGGCAGGCGGCCGUGGGAGCCGUUGGGGCGAGGACGGCGCGCGGCUGCUACUGCUGCCCCCAGCCCGGGCGGCAGGAAGAGGAGAGGCCGAGCCAAGCGGUGGCCCCCCUUAUGCCGGGAGGAUGCUGGAGAGCAGCGGGUGCAAGGCACUGAAGGAGGGCGUACUGGAGAAGCGCAGCGACGGGUUGCUGCAGCUCUGGAAGAAAAAGUGCUGCAUCCUCACUGAGGAGGGGCUGCUACUUAUCCCGCCCAAGCAGCUGCAACACCAACAGCAACAACAGCAGCAACAGCCCGGGCAGGGGACGGCUGAGCCGUCGCAACCCAGUGGCCCCGCUGUCGCCAGCCUUGAGCCCCCGGUCAAGCUCAAGGAAUUGCACUUUUCCAACAUGAAGACCGUAGACUGCGUGGAGCGCAAGGGCAAGUAUAUGUAUUUCACUGUGGUGAUGGCGGAGGGCAAGGAGAUUGACUUUCGGUGCCCGCAGGACCAAGGUUGGAACGCCGAGAUCACUCUGCAGAUGGUGCAGUACAAGAAUCGUCAGGCCAUCCUGGCCGUCAAGUCCACGCGGCAGAAGCAGCAGCACCUGGUCCAGCAGCAGCCCCCGCAGUCGCAGAUUCAGCCCCAGCCUCAAUCCCAGCCCCAGCUCCAGCCCCAGCCCCAGUCCCAACCCCAACCCCAACCCCUACCCCUGCCCCAACCCCAACUCCAACUCCAGUCUCAGCCCCAACCCAAGCCUCAGCAGCUUCAUCCGUACUCGCAUCCUCAUCAGCAUCCACACCCGCACCCCCAUCCUCACCAACUACAACAUCCGCACCAACAAACGCACCCGCAACAGCACUCGCAGCCACUUGGCCACCGGCUUCUCCGCAGCACCUCCAACUCUGCCUGAAGGGGGCAGUACUUGGGCCAGACAAGGUUUUGAGGACUUGAGGAAGUGGGAUGAGCAGAUUUCUAUUGUCUUCACUUGGAUCAAAAACAAAACAGUCUCCCCGCCCUGCACCAGACCAAGUAGUUUGGACAUCACCUGAUAACUUGCAAUUCCUCUUAGUUUUCUGCAUAUUCUUCAUCACGACGCAGGGAUCGAUUUUGAGUCAAGAAGACUUUAUUUAUGAACCUUUGAAAGGAUCUUCUAAUUUAGUGGACCGUCUAGA